ACCCAACUUGCUGUUAGCUUCUGGAAAAGUCACCGGUGUACCUGCACUCAACGUUGUUCGUCCGUUUUCGCAGAGACCAGGAAAUUUGCGAGCAUCCAAGUGUCUUUUUGUACCUUUCUUUGUCGUGAGAAUGUUUUCUGAAGAGACGCUUACUGACGGCCGAGUGAGGGGGAGGGUUGAGGAAGUAGAGAAUAGGGAUUUGAGGGUGCCGUCGAACAUUUUGGAGAGAGAGGAUGGAAGAGAGCCGUGUUUCAACCCUGAGGAAGAAGUUGUUAGUGAGGUGGCAGGGUAUGAAACAACUUUGGAAAAUAGGGGUAGUUUGGCCCACUUGGUUGAGAACUAUGGGGUGCCUGGGCGUGUGUUGGUGAGGCCAGCGAGGAGUAGAGAGAGGGCGUGCUUGGCCCCGGGGGACCACUGGAUGCCUCUCUACUCCCAUUACCUGGCGGCUGGGUUGCGGUUCCCUCUCCCAGACCUGUUGGUGUGGUUGUUGUUAGAGUAUGGUCUGGCGUUAACGCAACUCACCCCCAAUGCCGUGAGGUUAGUGGUGGCGUUUGCAGUGUAUAGCCGAAGUCGGGGGGUAAGUUUUCCCACUGCUAACAUAUUCAAGUACUUUUACGUCUUGAAUGCUGGGCGUGGUAGGGAGAAGGGAUGGUACUAUUUUACGGGCCGGUGGGAUAAGACUGAUGCUGAGGUGGAGCACUUGAGUCAUUGGAAGGCAAAAGGGUUAAACCUCAACGAGUAUAGUCUGACCCCAGGGGAGUUAGAGGAUGUGGGGGAGUUGGAAAGAGGGGGUGUGGGUUUGCUAGACGUCAUGGAGUAUACGAGCCAGAGGAUGUUGGACGCGACUGAGAUAUAUGGGCCGAGUUCUCAAAGAGGAGAGAUGAACAAGUUUUUGGACGCAGUUGGUGGAGCUGGAAUUCCAAAGAAGGGGAGAGGGAAGAGAGGCGAGGUAAGGAGUCGGGUGGAGGAGGUUUCAUUGCCUCAAGCCGAAGUGGAAAACUUGGCCAUCACUCAGCCUGGCCACGUUGGAGGGGAAGUGACGACGACUAGCUUUUAUGACUCCGAGAUGAGCAGUACAGCAAAGAGGUUCAUCAACACUUAUUUCCCGGAGGUGGACCGUCAGCGUGCGAAGGACGAGGUUGCUGCCAGGGGUUCAGUUGGCGUUGUCCGUCAAACUCUGGAGACUGUUAAUCUCGUGAAUGCUUUGGCCAAUGAGCAUCACGAGAGUCUGAAGGAGAGGAACCAGAUGAGGAAGGAUAACGCCGAGCUCAUUAAGAAGAACGAGGCGGCCGAGGCCGAGGUGGCGAGGCUGAAAGCUGAGAUGGAGGAACUCCGCAAAGAAAACGCCACUUUGAAAAAGGACUCGGAGAUCUCGUACCAGAAAAAGAAGAUAUGCGAGGCUGAGCUCGAGAAGAGGGAGAAGGAGUUGGAGGACGCGGGGAGGAGAGUGGCUGAGUUGGAGCUUAAGGUUCACAACUCAGUCGAAGAACAUGUGGAGGGGUUCCUGAGGUCCAACACCUUUGAUGACAUCGUCAACCUCUACCGUCUCCCUACUGCAAUUGUGGCCUUCUCGGACUGCCGGAAGAAGGUGAAGUUGCAGUAUCCUGAUGUGGAUGUGACGAAGGUCACUUUCGGGGAUCAGGAGGGGGAGGUAGAGGAGGAUGGAGAGAGCAGUACUGCUGACUUCCGCCCGGAGAUAACACUGAAGUGGGAGAAGGACAGCAGGGGUCAAACCAUUUUGCCUCCCAAGUUCAGCUUUGAGUUCGUGGCAGUGGAGGAAGAGGGGACCGAAGGUGGCGAGGUUACCGAAGGUGCUGACCAGCCAAGUCAGCUUGCCGAUAACCCUGAGCAGCUUGCGGCCAGCCCGAGCUAAACCGUUGACUAGAUUUGGCCUCGGUUUUUUUUUUUUUUUUUUAGAUAUUCUUUGUAAUCGAUUGGAAAUUAAUGGAAUGAAUUUUAUUUUUUUUU